GGGGAUCAGCAGCGACGUUGAGUGUUUUCAUGCUUGAUGACAUAGCACGGCGACAUGAUCAACGACGAGGAUCUUGGGCGCUUCGUGAGCUGGACUGGCCUCUUGAUCGUCUUCUUGCUAUUCGCCUACCACUACAUUGCCGCAGACCCUAAGCUCCAAAGAACCGCUUGAGCCGCAAGGACAUGUCCUUUACGGGCGGCAAGCUCAAGCUCAAGGGGCAGGACGCAGGGACGAAAAAGAAGAAAAAGAAGAAGAGCUCUGGGGAUGAGAAGGCGCUAGAGAUCGUUGAGGGAGCCCCCUCGAUUGCUGUGAAGGAGACCCCAGAGGGGUAUGUCCUGGACUCGCGACUGGAGGGAGAUGACAGGCGCACAGCAGCGGAGAAGAGGCACGACGAGAUGAUGGCCAAGAGGGAAAGGGAGAUGACCACCAAGCUGGCCGCCAAGUCCCACCGCGAGAGGGUCAACGAGUUUAAUGCCUACCUCCAGAACCUCAGUGAGCACCAUGACAUCCCCAAAGUGGGGCCAGGCUAAUGUUGCUCAAAAAUGCACUUCUGUGGAUCCCAACAGGACAGCUUGGAGCAGUGCUGGGCAAUGCAGAAUUCCACUUUCCUGUGCCUGAAUUUGCUUCGCUGUAGAGAUGUUGUGGGAAUGCUUUUGGGUGUCUUGGCGCCAAGCUUGUGGCAGCCAAAUACUCCAAUAAGGCCUAGCAAACGGCCUUGGAAUAAUAGUGUUCAAAGAUAGAACAGCUUGGAAUACACAUCUUCGAUUGACAAGCCUGCCAUUGUGAUGAAAUGCAACAUCCAAUAUCGUUCAGAUUUGUAAUUUCCAUCUGUGCACC